AUGUCGCUGAACAUCCAGGAGCAGCAAAAAAACAGCGCCAUCAGCAUGCUGAACCUGAACGAGUACAACGACAACCUGAGCAGCAGUGGAAAUAUCCUCUACUAUUCCCACGAUAAGAUAUGGAAAAUAUUAAUCUACGACUCGGAGGGGCAGAACAUCCUUGCCCCGUUACUGAAGGUGGGCAAUCUAAGGCACCACGGAGUAACGCUAAAUUUGAAUCUACACAGACAGAGAAGCAACAUCCCAGAAGUCAAUGCAGUCUACCUGGUAGAUAACAACAAAGAAAACAUCGACAAAAUUGUAAAGGACAUGUGUAACAAUAUGUAUGGAAGUUACUACGUCAACUUUAUAUCCUACGUAUGUGAGGAGAAUCUAAAAUACUUUGCAAACGAGUGUGUAAAAAAUAACGUCGCUUCUCAUGUGUCGAAAAUUACGGAUAGGUAUUUAAAAUUUGUUAGCUUAUCUAGUAGCACCUUUUCUUUGAACAUUCCCAAUUGCUUCAAGGUGCUACAUACAAAUGAGGAUCAUGUGAUACAGGAUGUGAUGGACAGGAUAACUGAAGGGUUGAUUUCUUUUCUGGUCACUUUGGGAAUUAUCCCCAUCAUUAGGGUUUCCUCUAAUUCGACCUACCCGUCGAAAACGAUUGCAGAGAAACUACACAGAAAGAUUUACGAACUCGUCAACCUGAGAUCUACAAAUAAUUAUAUUUUUAACUCCAAAACGGUGCAGAGACCUGUGCUUAUUUUGGUCGACAGGGAAGUCGAUUUGAGUGUCAUGGUGCAACACGCGUGGACCUACCAGGCUCUAAUUCACGACGUCUUCGAUAUAAAGCUUAACAAAAUAAGCAUACAUCAGGGGGGUGAAAGUGGCACAAGCAAUACACACAGUGGGAAUAUUGCACAGAAUGCACCUGUGAAAAACUACGACAUCGAUAAUGGAGAUAGCUUCUUCUCCACCAAUUGUAAUAAGCCCUUCCCUGAAGUCGCCAACAAUAUUAGCGAGUGUCUAAAUGAGUACAACGAGAAGAUGAAAAAUUUGAACAAAAAUGAUAAGGGGGGAAGUCUCUCUGGGGGAGGAAACAUAGGCAACAACGUCGGGGGGGAUAACAUCACAGGAGGACUCAUGUCAGCAAUGAAUAUACUCCCAGAAAUGACUGAACAUAAGAGGUUGUUAGAUAUGCACACAAAUAUACUCACCGAAUUGAUAAAAAAUAUUAAGGACAGAGAAUUGGACAAAUAUUAUGAAAAUGAGUUUGACUUUGAAUGUUCAAAUGAGAAAGUUUGCAUACAGCACAUGAAGGAUAUCCUUACCUCAUCGAAGGGAACCCCCAUCGAUAAGUAUAGAGCCUUUUUAUGCUUAUAUUUGGCGAAGAAAAAUAUGAACAAACAGGCACUGGACACAUUUAUGCAAGAAUUAAAAAAUAUGAACAUAGACAUUUCAGCCGUUCAUUUUAUAAACCAGUUGGAAAAAUUAAAAACCAUGAACAUACAUAUUCAUGUGAGUACCCCUCCGACUCACUCGAACAGCGGCACCACAGCAACCUUCAAAGAUCAACUCAAUACAUACAGUAAUAUCUUCAUCGAUAAGGGCAUGAAUAUUUUACAGGGGGCUAAAAUUCUCUUGCCCAAAAGAAGGGAAAUAAAAAUUACCAAGUUGGUCGAAACGCUCAUUGAAAAUAAACCCUCCUCUUUGAACGACCAGUUUGUAUACAUCGACCCGAAGACCCCUCCAAGUGAUACCACCACCGGAAGCAACCAUGUCGAAAGGAAUUACAUAAAACAGGAUCAUGUAAAGGACUACAUUAUCUUUGUUAUUGGGGGGGGGAACUACAUCGAAGUUUCCGCAUUGAAAGACUUGGAGGAAAAAAUGAACAAGAAAAUUAUUUACGGCACCACUGAUUUUGUGCGUCCGGAGAAUUUUGUCCAGGAGAUCAACGAGAUAGGUCAUGCCUUCUCACCGUGA